AUGGACUUUGACGCCUCUCUCCUCCUCUCGACAUCACGUCUGCUCACGGACCUCCAAGCCACACUACAGAGCGUCUGCAAGUCUCGUCGACGUGAAAGAGACAAACUAGCUGCGAUCAGAGAUGUGUGGGAUAAAUGGGUUGAAAAUGUACCUUUGUUGUACAAUCCUGGUCCCCAUGUUACUGUAGAUGAGCGCCUUGUUCCAUUCAGGGGGCGCUGUUCUUUCCGACAGUGCAUGCCCAACAAGCCCGCCAAGUAUGGCAUCAAAAUAUGGGCAGCCUGUGAUGCAAAAUCCAGCUAUGCAUGGAAUAUGCAAGUAUACACUGGAAAGCUACCUGGAGGAACAUCUGAGAAGAAUCAGGGGAUGUGUGUGGUGCUGGAAAUGAGUGAAGGGCUGCAAGGUCAUAACAUCACAUGUGACAAUUUAUUUACAUCCUACCGCCUUGGAGAUGAACUUCAGAAGAGAAAGCUGACCAUGUUGGGAACAGUCAGAAGAAAUAAACCAGAGCUUCCCACCGAAAUUCUGAAGAUGCAGGGCAGACCUCUGCAUUCCUCAAUAUUUGCUUUCACUGAGAAAGCAACAGUUGUUUCAUACUGCCCAAAGAGAAACAAGAAUGUUCUUGUAAUGAGUACAAUGCACACAGAUGUAUCUCUGAGCACAAGAGAAGACAUGAAGCCACAAAUGAUCCUGGAUUAUAACUCCACCAAAGGAGGAGUUGACAAUCUGGACAAAGUCACAGCAACAUACAGCUGCCAGCGCAAGACAGCCCGUUGGCCUUUGGUGAUUUUCUACAAUAUUGUGGACGUGUCUGCUUACAAUGCCUAUGUCCUGUGGACUGCAAUCGACCAGAAAUGGAAUGCCGGCAAAUUGUACAGACGUCGGCUUUUCCUGGAAGAACUUGGCAAAGCACUUGUCACUCCCAAGAUCCAGACGCGAGCCAGGCCAGCUCGAUCCCCAGCAGCUGCAGCUGUCAUUGAAAAGGUCAAACUCAGGUCACCCAACCCAACCUCACCCAACCAUCAUCCAGUGGACACAGGUGGAAAUAAAAGGGAAAGAUGCCAGAAGAACCCGAGCAAACAGACGUUCACAAGUGGCGCCCAACAAAAAAGCAAGACCACGAAGAAAAUGUCGGCACCAAGUCAAGUUCUGGCCGAGGUGUCAGCGGCGAGCCAGCAGCAGACCCAAGUGCUGCAAGUGUUGAUGGGCAGAGCAGAGGCAUCGGGAGGGACGACCUCCAUGCAGCGCAUGGUGGAGGUGGAGGACCCCCAUGCAUUCCUGGAUGUCUUCGAGGCCACGGCGACAUCGUGCAAGUGGCAGGAAGAGGAAUGGGGCGUGAAGCUGCUGUUGCUCCUGGUGGGGGAAGCACAGCGGGCGGCGCUGAGUCUCCCGGCGACCGCCCGCAUGCAGUACGCCGACUUACGCCACGCCAUCCUGGACCGGGUCGGCAGUAGCCCAGAAGACCGCGCCGGAAAUUCCGUGCCAUGA